AUGGCAUCUAAAAGGAUUUUGAAGGAGACGGAGAGCCUCGCCACUGAUUCGCCACCUGGCAUCAAGGCUGAAGUGUUUCUCGGCAACGACCGCCACUUUAAGAUUCAUAUGCAAGGCCCUGACUGUACUCCCUACGAGGGAGGUGUUUACAUACUUGAGUUGUUCCUCCCCGAGCAGUAUCCCAUGGAUCCCCCCAAAGUUAGAUUUCUGACGAGCAUUUACCACCCAAAUAUCGAUAAAAUAGGCAGAAUUUGUCUCGACAUUUUAAAGGAUAAGUGGAGUCCUGCCUUACAGAUUCGCACAGUCUUACUCAGUAUUCAAGCACUUUUGUCUGCACCUGAGCCUGAUGACCCACUAGAUGCAACUGUGGCUAAUCAUUUUAAAACUGACCGUCAGGGAGCCGAGAAGUUGGCUAGAGAAUGGAAUCAAAUGUUUGCUGUGUGUAACAAAAUGGAAUAA